CAUGACGUCAGUCUGAGUUAGCCGCGCAGCUAGCCAUGAGCUAACGAGCAGCUAGCCCACUCUUUCCAUUCCCACCACCGGAAUUGAGCCAAAGUUGGACGUCCUCGCGACCUGAACACGAUUCAAAUCACCGGAUUUAUCGUUGAGACCUCUGACCUCCUUUGUACGAACGUUAUUUUAUCAUCCUUCCACCCGCCUUGAACCUUCUCCCUGCGACGCCUGCAUCUACAGAGUCAUGGCAGCUGCAAAACCAAAGGGGCAGAACUCUCUCGCCCUUCACAAAGUGAUUAUGGUGGGCAGUGGAGGAGUGGGGAAAUCCGCCCUCACUCUCCAGUUCAUGUACGACGAGUUUGUUGAAGACUAUGAGCCCACUAAAGCAGACAGCUACAGGAAGAAAGUGGUGCUGGAUGGAGAGGAGGUGCAGAUUGACAUUCUUGACACAGCUGGCCAAGAGGACUACGCAGCCAUUCGGGAUAAUUACUUCCGCAGUGGCGAGGGCUUCCUCUGCGUAUUUUCCAUCACAGAACUGGAGUCAUUUGCAGCAACAGUGGAUUUCAGAGAGCAGAUUCUUCGAGUGAAGGAGGAUGAGAACGUGCCUUUCCUCUUGGUGGGCAACAAGUCGGACCUGGACGACCGGCGGCAGGUCAGCGCAGACGAAGCGAAGGCGCGUGCCGAGCAGUGGGGGGUUUGCUACGUGGAGACUUCCGCCAAAACCCGUGCCAAUGUUGACAAGGUGUUUUUUGACCUGAUGCGAGAGAUACGAGCGAGGAAAAUGGAGGACAGCAAAGAGAAGAACGGGAAGAAGAAAAGUAAAAGUCUGGCCAAGAGAAUUAGAGAGAGAUGCUGUAUUUUAUAGUGGUGAGAUAUAGCAGACUAGCUGCUUAUGUACAUACACAUUUCUCAGACUUUUGCAUUUCUUUUGUGCCCAAGCCUGACCAUGACUUCCUGUUCCUGGCUAACAGGACAUCUGACCAUGCGUCAGGAGAUAGUACAGUGGCACUCCAUACACCAUUUAUAGCUCUAACUUUUUAUGUGCUGACACUCCAAAUAUUUUAUGUACUCUCUUAUUUUGACCACAUUACAGAGCGUAAUAGGUGGAUGGUGUUUUAAUUUAGGCUGAAGCUUGACAAUAGGCGAAGCCCUGAAAUGUCCUGAAAUCUUUCAUCGUCUAGUUUGGUGUGUGUAAUAACUUCAGACAACUGUGCAGUGCAACUUCAAAUGAAAAGAAAAUGAAAGUGUCAGAGCUGAGGUUUAAAAAUGUAACUGAAGCCUUCUGCUGGAAACUCCAAACUUUGUAAUUAGUCCACCAUCUUUUCUAGGAAGAUAAGUUCAUAGACUGAGCAGCGUAGUGUCAACCCACAGUUUAAGUGCCACGUAGGAAAUGUACAGCGUAGAAGUGAGUCUGGGAAGGAUCGGAGGCGGAGACGAAUUUUGACGCCAUUCCUCUUUGUUGAUUUGCACCUCAGUUUUUUUUUUUUUGUUGUCGUCGUGCUAUGUUUUAUUUACACUGUUCUUGUUUGUGAAGUCAAACUUUUGUUUUCCUCUCAUUUUCUUCUGUCACGUCUCUGUAAAAUAAGCACACUAAUUUUUUCCAUUUUUCUUCCCCUCUCUCACUCCCUCUGUCUCCUCAAACGGACACAGACAUUGAUCACUACCCUUAAACCUGUGAAAAGAUUUUACAGCACUUGAACUUUUUUAAUUCUAACAUUUCAAAAAGUUAUACCUCACUUGGUUGAUUACUUUCAUUGCCUCUUUUUGCAAUAGAGGAAUCCCUGGUGCUGUGAUAAAAGGCGAUUCUAUGGCACUAUAUCCUUUACAGUUGCUCAUGUUCAUUGCUAUGCUGACAUUAAACCAAUCUCUUCCAUACAUGCAGAGAUUUCUUAAGCUAAUUUAGCAUUUACCUGCUUCAGACUUUUAAUCUAAAGCUUUGAAUUCCCCUGUCUUUGUUUAAAUAUAUCACUGACUUGGUAGUUGGCAGAAAAACCUGAAUGGAUGGUUGAAUUUACAGCCGGAAAACAUUAAAAAGGAAGCUGGAUGGAGAUGAGGUGGUACAUGUCCAAAAAUGUUGCUGUCAGUCACCAAAGAAAACUGCUAGCUCAUAUAAACAAGUGCCCGCUUAUUAAUUCAAGUGAAUGACAACUUGACAUAGUGAGCAUGUAAAGAUCGAUGUGUCGGGGAAGCAGAAGUAUUUCAUUCUGGGUAGCAUAUGAAAGAAAUGCAAAGUAAUGAGGGAUUAAGUCAAUCUUGUGCAUUGCGUCACUGUUGCCUCUGUCCAUUGUGAAUGUGAAUAAUCCCCAUUUACUCAUCCUGUUUGCAGCUAAUCUUCAGGCCAGUUCAUGGUUCUUGCAUCUGCUUGUGUGUGUGGCCUUUGUGGCAUAAUUAUCAUCUGUACCAGUCUCCAAGAGACCUCCAAGUUGCUCUGCUGCUGACUGCAUUUGUACCCAAAUGCCCCUAAAUCUGUUUCCAAUCUUUCAAAAAGAAAAAGGAAAAAAAAAUAUGGGAACACGGAGGCUUCUUUUCAUGCAAAACUCUGCACAAGAAUCACACUGACAACUCUAAAAUACACUUCAGUCCGCCUGGUAGACAUGCCCUUUCACUUUGUGAAGACUCUCUGGUGAAGCGGGUCUGGUAGCUUUCCCAUUCACUCAUUUUCACUAGUACAGAAUGUACCGGAGCGCUCGCCACAGGGUGGGCCUCGUGCAAUUACUCACUUACAGAACCACUUUUUAAAAUAAACUAGUUGGCUUCAGAAUUGCUCAUUUCACCUGAGAUCAACAGGUUUUAAUGUAAAACCGACAACAGUAAUUGCUGGACACCAUCCAGCAAUGUCUCGGAUGUCUUUUUAUGAUAGUAGUCUGGUUAUCGCUCUCCCUACAUCACAUCCUUUAUUUCUCACUGGCUGUCGAUCCAAUGACUGGAAGUCCAAGCCGAAUCCAGAAGAACCAGACUUAAUUAUUUGU